AAGUGAAACGUACGAUAUUUGCGAUGGGGUCCUUUAUAAAGAUAGCAUUUAUUUCACUUUCUCUAGGUGUGGUGUUAGUCGCUUCAAACGUUCAAGUUAACGUGCUAAAGGAAGAGAGACGGCGACUUUAUGGCCUAGAUUUGAGAGCUUCUGCUUUCAACUAUCCUCCUUGCCUUUUUGCCACAAGAGCGCCUUUAGGGAACCAUUCAUCAGUUCCAUCAUAUGUUGGAGUCUGCAACGAUAUUGUUACUUGGAUUUCUAAACAUUUUCGUAUGAAAUUGACCUACGUGCCUACAAAUACUUCGGGUAUUGUCAAGGAUGGGUUGAUUCCUGCGCUCAUCAAACAAAUUGUCAAUGGGGAAGUCGAUAUUAUACCAUAUGCGUUUGCCCCUUCGGUGACGCUCUUACAGCAGUUGGAUUUUACCAUCACUCUUCGCGUAGAGGAUUACAACCUGUUACAACAAUGGCCAAAAGAAGAGAGCCGUCUUAUUGCGUAUAUAAGACCCUUUUCCUACGAGGUUUGGUUGCUAUUUUUUGGUUCGACUGGUAUUGUUGUUAUUUUUAUGGCCAUACUGACUCAUUAUCACCAUCAAUUGGGCACAAGUUGGAACUCCACGAAUUUCAUGAACGCUUUUAAUCACCACACUAUUUACGUUAUCACAGUGAUCACCGGACAAGGUAACAGCAUAUCUCCAAAGGUAAAAUUUCCGUUACGCCUAAUAGCAGGAGUGUGGUGUCUGACGAUGGUAGUUUUGGUGAAUGCCUACUCGAGCACGUUAAUGUCCUAUUUGACCGUUCCAAAGUUAACUCCUAUUGUGAACACGCUUACUGAAUUGGCAGCUAGUCGUGAUUCACAGCUAACGAUUGAUUUUGAAUCGGACAUGUCUCGUAUGUUUAUGGAAGCCAGUUCUGGGCCAUUUAAAAUAAUUGGUAAUUCAUUGCGUAACAACCCUCAGCUACUCAUCAAAAGUGGAAGUCUAGAAGGAAUGAACAAUGUUUUACUGCGUGGCAAUGUAUACUUCGCGAAUCGUCCAACUGUUAAAUACCUAAUGUCGAUGGACAUGAAAAGUCACACCAAAUGCCGCUUGACCUCCUCGGAUCCCAUUCCGUACAUCCGAACUUACUCGAUGGGUUUACCUAAGGGUAGUCAACACAACUGGAUCAUCAAUCACGAUUUGCAAUAUUUGCAGGAAAGUGGUCUACUGGACCACUGGUUAAAACAGUACACACCCAACGUUGAUAAAUGUAUGGUCGGGAAGAGCAAACCUCACGAGCGGAUGAUUCCCUUCUCCCUAUUGGAUCUAUCAAGUGCCUUUCUACUUUUAGGCAUCGGCAUCGGAUUGUGUUUAUUUGCGUUUCUGUUAGAAUUAAUUGCCUCUUUGCAUGCUUACCAACGCGAAAGGAUCAACCGCCUAGUGGUCCCUUAGUAAUCCAACAGCUGUUCAAAUCAGUGUUGGCGAUAGUUUGAUAUUUAAAAUUAUUUUCAAAGAUCAGGCUAUCCAAUCGCUAGUAGCACAAAGUGCUGGUAGAUACAACAUAAUCGUCCAAUAGUUAAAUGUAUUUUUUUGUCACACAAAUCUUGCGAAAGCAUCUGUCGAAUAGACGUUGAAAUGGGUUUCUGAGAUUUAAGUCCUAACAACGGGCUUAUUAGGCUACAUUGAUUGCAAGUUUGAAAAAGGGCUUGGCAAACGCUAUUGAGUAACAACAGUACCCUUGGAUGAAUGCAGUUAUGCUUCGAUUGUCUACUCAGCAAACAGACGUUUCAAAAUCAUUUAUAGAAUUUGCACCUAUACCUUUUUGUCGGAGGCAACCUUAAUGACCUUUUCUCUCUUUCUGAAAGUAGCGAGAUACAGUAGUCUGCAUCGUCUGCCGAAUAAAUACAACAAUUGAUGAAGAA